AUGGGGACGGGAUGGGGAAGGGAUGGGGACGGGAUCUCCGCCUUGUUAUCUGACAAGAUAAUGAUGAGAAGGCUCUGCGCUGUGUCUGCGAUGGUGGAGCUCUGGUCCCAUAUAAAAGAAGAAAACAUCAAAAGUAUUGAGAGCCUGGACUCCAACCACUUCGACGUGGACUCGUUGGGCACCAGUGUCUCGCCGGCCAACUCCUACUCCAUCGCCUCCGUCGACGACUACUCGUGCGGCUCGCCAUCCAAUGACUCGUUUGACUCAAUUCAUCACAAGUUUCUCAAUACAAACAACUCGUUCACAUCGGAUGUGAAGAUGCUUUUGUCUGCCACGGCUGACACCGACUCCACUCAAAGCCAACAAACAGACUCUGAGGUCGUGGCGAAGAAGAACCGUAAGAAACGGAACCCAAAGAGUUCGUCGAAAGAGCCGAAAACGAGUGGAUCGGGCGCUCCGGUUGUCGUUAAAAAGAGACGAUUGGCGGCCAAUGCGAGGGAACGGAAACGAAUGCAUUCACUGAACAUUGCUUUCGAUAAACUCCGAGAAGUGGUCCCAGGAAUCGGCGGUGACUCCAAACUAUCCAAAUAUGAAACCUUACAAAUGGCUCAGCACUACAUUAUGGCACUCAAUGAGCUUCUUAGCGGGCAAUCAAUGGACUCAUGA